GCGAUCUUUAAGCGCGCACGUUGAUUCGGUUAUUAUCAUAAUACGUUCGGUACAUUCCUAAAUAAUGAAUUUAAAUCCCAAUCGAACGAUACGAUCGGACACGGGACUUGUUGAACUGUAUGGUUCUCGGUUUGACGAAACAAUUCAUGUUAAUGCUCCCACGUAAACUUUAUGGUUUCGUCAUCAUACAUUCCAUUUCUGUGUUCGUAUAAUCGCGUCCGCCGCUUUGCUAUGAUGCGAUUAACUCCGUUCUACGUUCAGUACGGUUAGCCGAACAACGGCAACAACAAAGAGUGUAAUGGCUUGCCACCGGUUCAAACCGUUUCGUUGCGUUCCCGAACCUAAACGGUGGCCUCUGCUUGGUCACACGCACCUUUUCAUCCCGAAAAUCGGUCCUUACGAUUCUCUACGGUUAACCGAAGCUAUUGGCGACAUAGAACGCUCACUGGGCCCAGUGUUCCGGCUGACAUUGGGCAGCAAGACAAUGGUCAUUGUCACCCGGGUGGAAGACGCCAAAAUAAUGUUUGCCAACGAAGGCAAGCACCCGGCUAGACCUGUGUUUCCGGCUUUGAACCUGCUCAGAGAGAAACCGUUUGGCACCGGAGGGAUUGUAUCAGAGAAUGGUACUGAAUGGUAUAGGCUGAGAAAAGCCAUUGCACCGUUAAUGAAAAAAAAUAUCUAUGAGAGUUACAUUCCACAACACAAAGAGGCUGCAAUGGAUUUCAUUGAGUAUAUCAAAUCAAACCGUGACAAACAAGGAUGCCUGAAAGAUAUAUUUUACCACCUAACAAAGUUUUCUGUUGAUGCAAUUUCCAUUGUCUCGCCUGGCUUAAGAAUCAAAAGCCUGAAUACAACCAUGUCUGAAUGUUAUGUAGAAGCGGGUAAUAAAUUCAUGGACGGAUUGUAUAACAGUCUUAAAGAACCGCCCAUAUGGAAGUUUUAUAAAACAAAAGCGUACAGAAAUCUAGAGUCCUCGCAUUCCACUUGUAAAAAUUUUAUAGAUGAAUACUUAAACCAAACACAUGAACACAAUCCUCUAGUCAAAGCCAUUUGUUCAAACCCAAAUUUAUCAAAAACCGACAUCAAUUUAGUUUUGCUGGAAAUAUUUUUUGGCGGAAUUGAUGCUACUGCUACUACGCUAGCUAUGACAUUAAAUUAUAUUUCCAAAGAUCAAAAAAUACAGCAAUCUUGUCUGGAAGAUGUCCAACAAAAUAGUGACAAGUAUUUAAAGGCUUGCAUUAAGGAGACGCUAAGGUUGUCACCCACUGCAGGUGCAAAUGCCAGAUAUCUCCCCAAAAUGACUGUUAUUGGAGGUUAUGAAAUCCCAGCAAAUACAUUGGUGUUAGCAUUCAACUCUUUAAUAUCUGUAAAAGAACAAUACUUUGAAGCUCCUCUAGAAUACCGGCCCAGUCGAUGGCUGAGAGAUUCAAACAGUGAAAAGUUUGAUCAUUAUGCUUCAUUACCUUUUGGACAUGGCCCUAGAAUGUGUCCAGGACGAUACGUUGCCAUGCAAGAAAUGACAAUACUCUUGACUGAACUGAUUAAGAAUUUCAACAUCAGCGCGCCAAGCGAACAAUCCAUAAACGUGGGCAUGGUCUACCGUAUGAACAGAAUACCAGACACUCGUAUAGAUCUUGUAUUUAAUAAUCAGUUUUAAACAUGUUAAUUAUACGCAACACAUUAAUUAUUUU